CGGUCAUACCACUUGCUUUUCGACUCAUCAUUUCGCAGGAAAGGGAAUUUCGGACUUCACAAUGGCCGCCCAAGACAUCGCCCCGUCAAUUGACGUACACGACCUGAGCUACAAGUUCCCCGAUGGCUCCAGCGGGCUGAAAGAAGUCUUCUUGCAUCUUCCUCCAGGGAGCCGGACGCUGUUAAUAGGAGCCAAUGGCGCCGGCAAGACUACCCUCCUCCGCCUCCUCUCCGGCAAGCGCAUGGCCCCCUCCAACACCGUCUCCAUCUCCGGCAUCGACCCCUUUAAAGAAGGCCUCGAAGGAGUUACCUACCUCGGUCUCGAAUGGGUCCUGAACCCUAUCGUGCGCACCGAUAUCGAUGUCCCCACCCUCCUCGCCUCCGUUGGCGGGGACUACUACUCGGACCGCCGCGACGAGCUGGUGCAAAUACUAGAUAUCGACCUCGCGUGGCGCAUGCAUGCGGUCAGUGAUGGUGAGAGGCGCCGAGUACAAUUAGCCAUGGGCCUGCUGCGGCCGUGGACGGUGCUGCUGCUGGACGAGAUCACCGUUGAUUUGGACCUGCUGAGCCGAAGUAACUUCCUCGGAUUUCUGAAGCGGGAGACGCAAAAACGGAAGUGCACGAUUGUGUAUGCGACACAUAUCUUAGAUAAUCUAGCGCAAUGGCCGACGCAUUUGGUGCACAUGAGUCUUGGGAAGGUGAAGAAGUGGGGCAGCAUGACGGAGUUCGAUCUCGUGACUGAUACGAAGGAUCGGGUGGUAACGGGGAAUAGUCAGUUGGGGGAGUUGGUGUUGAAGUGGCUGCAGGAGGAUCUGGAUGAGAGGGGGCCGCGGAAUGGGAAGGCGGGGCAGGGGAAGACGUAUGAGAGUUUGGAGGGGAAGGGGGGCUACGGGAAUGAGAACAGUGCGAGGCUGGAGAAGUGAGGGGAGGGUGAGGGCUGCGAAAGUAGCGGAUUGGACUCAACGUCAAGAUAAAAGAGGUGAGAGACCUUCUUCAACCUGGAGGAAGCAGUUGGUGGCCAGGUGCUAUCCGGUCAGCCAGUGCUUAUAGCGCUAGACAGUGCUUUGGGAUAAUCUUCCACAGAUAUCCAAGCUGAGAGCCGACUGCAAAGCGACCGACCGCUCAACGCGACGGCGCGAGGUUGGAUGAGCAGGACGAGUAACAUUAGGAGUAUUUAACGUAGCGAGCUUCUAGACGAGCCAUAGAGUAGAGAAUUUAGACAUACUGUAUCAAAAUCAGUAUUUCAAUUGAUAGGUC